AUGACUGAGACCGAGCUUUCGACGUUGGACAGUCACGAUGGCCAGACACAGGAUACGAAGGGGAGACCUGAGAGCGCACAACCGAUUAUAACAAACCCCCAACCCGAAUCAACAUACCUCGAGGGAACAAAGUUGUAUUUGAUGUUACUUGGAGUUGGAGCGACUGUGUUCUUGAUGAUGCUAGAUCAGACAAUCGUUGUUACUGCUAUCCCUGCUAUUACCAACGAUUUUAAUUCGAUAGGAGACAUUGGAUGGUAUGGAAGUGCGUACUUGUUGUGUGUUGCAGCACUGCAACCUCUAACUGGCAAGAUCUACCAAUACUACAACACAAAAAUUAUCUUCAUCUGCGGUGUCUUAAUCUUCGAACUCGGCUCUCUGAUCUCCGCACUCGCCGUUGACUCCGCAAUGUUCAUAGUAGGACGAGCCAUCUCAGGUGCAGGCGGUGGAGGUCUUGUAACCGGAUUUCUCAGCAUCCUAGCAGCAUCUGUUCCACUCGACAAACGCCCCUUUUAUCUCGGACUCGUCAUGGGACUUUCUUCUAUAGGCAUUGUACUAGGUCCUGUGCUUGGAGGAGUCUUCACUCAGCACAUCACUUGGAGAUUUUGUUUCUAUUUCAACCUUCCAUUCGGCGCUAUCACCCUCCUGAUCAUUGCACUUCUGCGUAUACCGAAUGCAGCUGCCCACGCGGAUCAAAAACCAACUCUCAAAGAAAGCUUCAGCAGACUCGAUAUCAUCGGUUUUACAAUCUUCGCACCAGGCGUGGUGAUGUUGCUCUUCGGUCUUGACUGGGGAGGAAUCAAAUACGAAUGGAAAUCAGCCACCAUAAUCGGGUUAUUCUGCGGUGCUGCAGGAACUUUAGCUAUCUUCCUUGUGUGGGAAAAGUUCAAGGGUGCAAAUGCUAUGAUCCCAAUUGCGAUGGUGAAGAAGCAGGUCGUUAUUUGCUCUUCGCUUACAAUGAUUUUGUCUCAAGGUUCGCUUCUCGUCAUCACAUAUUUUCUGCCACUUUGGUUCCAAGCUGCAAAAGGCGCUUCGCCGACUAUGAGUGGUGUGUACUUUCUACCAUCAGUGGGAUCUCAGAUAAUUGGUUCGGUCGUAACAGGGAAACUCACAUCGAAAUUCGGCUUCUACACUCAAUGGGCCAUAGCCGGAACAGCCAUGACAUCUCUCGCAUCCGGUCUUUUCACCAUUCUCAAACCCAGUUCCGGACCCGGUCUCUGGGUGACCUUCCAGCUCAUUUCUGGUUUCUCUCGCGGUCUGACGGUACAACAACCUAUCACGGCCCUCCAAGCUUCACUACCAAAGUCCGAUUACCCCGUCGGCAACGCCUUUCUCAUGUUCUCGCAGAUCCUCGGCGGUGCGAUAUUCCUUUCUCUGGGACAAACAAUCUUCAACAGCCAGAUCAUCACGGCGUUGCUGAAGUACGCGCCGGAAGUUGAUGUGCAAGCAGUACUUUCGGUUGGUGCGACGGAUUUCAGAAGUGUAGUGAAGCCAGAGAGUGUUGCAGGUGUGAUGUUAGCGUAUAAUAAAGCGAUUACUACUGUUUUUUAUCUUGGUGCUGGAGCUGCCGCUGCAGGAUUUUGCACAACUUGGGGUAUGGGCUUUGGUAAUCUUAUUACGCUUCGCGAGGAGGAGAAGGCAGCAGCUGAAAAAGCCGCCGAGAAAUCUCCAACUCCUGUCGUUGAAGCGGGGAAAAGAGUAUGA